AAACACAUUAAUUUAAGAUGAGAGACUGUAUUUUUAUAAAAUGUAUAAUGUAUGUUUAUCAUUUUUUUUUUUGGGUAAUCAUAUGUCUAUACAUAUAUAUCAUAUACAUGCAGUAACUCAUAUGUAUCUAAUUCGAGGAAGGACAAAUUUUAUAAUAUAGAGUAAAUAUAUAUUUAAAUUCAAAUUUGUCCAGGUGGCUUUAAAACAAAGGUGGAGUGCUGAGUUUUAUUCGGCGAAUAUCUGAAAUUUUCUCACGAGAUGAUAUAUGUUUGACUAAGUAGAGGCCAAACCGAAAGAGAGAGAAGCGGAACAGCCACAACAACCAAAAAUAUAUACACUCUCUUGUUUACGCAUGUAUGCCAUAUGGCACCAUAUAUAUGACGAGAGAAGAGAAUGCCAUUCAUUUGGUGGAGCUACAAAUUCUGAAACCCCCACAUCCAACCAUCUCUCUACAUACGCCAAUAUAUACUUCUUCUCUCUAGCUAGCCUUUGAUCGAUCCAAUAUGCCUUGUGAUUGCAAAUUCAUGUUGUUGGCAGAAGAAUUGGUGAUCCAAAUCCUGUUAAAUCUAGUGGUGAAAGAUAUUCUUCGAUGCAAGUGCGUUUGCAAAUCAUGGUAUUAUCUCAUUACAAGUCCUUCCUUCAUUGAUGAACACCUCAAAUUAAGCAACCGCAAGGAUCCUUAUCUCCUUGUCGAUUACAGGAGUACUAGUCAAGGAGCAAUGAAGGAUCGUGUGGACGUUUUAUACCCUCCUACAAUCAUCUUAGUUUCUCAUGAAACCCUAGAAGAAGUUGAUAGGCAGGUAAUGUUAUCCAGUACAAGUCUAGUCAAUAUGGAUUUGGCAAUGGAAAGUUAUACCUUAGGCUGCUGUUAUGGCAUUUUAUGUAUUUUAUUGGGUUAUUUUGUGAUGAGAGUGGUUCUAUGGAACCCUGCAACUAGAGAAGCAAAAGUUGUACCACCUACCUUGUAUAGCUGCCAUCCGGAGAAUAGUAUUUUGUAUUAUACUGUUAUGUUUGGCUUUGGAUUUGAUGCGAAAAACAAUGAUUAUAAGGUGGUUGCAAUCCAGGAAUUGAGAUGGAAGAGACAUUGGAAAAAUGGUUUGCCACUGUACGCGGUUGAAGUUUACAGUGUUCGAACAAAUUCCUGGAGAUUGCUACCUGCUGGUGUUCUAGUUAGAAGCUUUACGCCUACGGGUAGAAUUGGUCGCGAUGUAUGCAUUGGUGGAAUGUACUCGUGGUUGCUUGAGGGUGAAGAAGUUAUUCUUUCGUUCGAUAUGGAAAACAAUGUUUUUAUAUCAACACCUCUUCCUUCUGGUAUAAAUAGUAUCCCUGUUAUCAUGGUUUAUAAUGAAUCCGUUGCAGUUGCUUAUAUUGAUAAUUAUGAAUGUCAACCUUGUAAUUAUGAAUUAUGGAUGUUGGGGGAAUAUGGAGUGCAGGAGUCAUGGACGAAGCAAUUUAAUUUUAGAUCCAUGUGUAAAGUAAAUAGGUCAACACUAAUAUUUGGAAUAUGGAACAACUCAGAUAUCUAUCUCCAUGCAACCGGACCACGAGAGCUGAAAUUGUUCGAGUCUACUACUCUAUGGCCUGCUACCAGAAGAUGUAAGAUUUUCGAACCUUAUGGUUAUUUGGGUGGUUUCAUAAGAAAUGUCAUUAGCUUCAAAGAAAGUUUAGUUCCAAUCAAUAAAUUAGACUACGAACAAAGCUUUCAGGCCACCCAAAAAAGUUCAUUUGGUUUUGGACGUUUUAUUACUUAACAGCAUCUUAAUUUAUGUAAAUUUUUGAAUGGCAAUCUAUGUUAUUUUUCUUUAUACGUGUAUAUAUAUAUAUAUAUAUAUAUUAGCAUUUAAAUGAUUUUCUACUGUAAGAUAGAUGUGUAUCGACCAAAAAUAAAAACCACAUCGGGAAUGGGAUAUAUAUGAUGUGUUGAAGAUAUAAAGACCAGAAAAAGCGAAAGCAAGAUGAAGUUGUUGGACAGCAGAAUGGGGCCACGGCUCUACCUUUAGAGAGCCAUGGCCCUCUUAGAUGGAGUCGUGAUCCUGCAGUGCUGCGGCGCUGUACAAGUGAUGCUGCAACACGACCAUGAAGAGCUCUCCAAAUCCAAGAGUUAGCAUCACGGCGUCGACCAAGGAGGGCUGCAAUGCUGCGGCAAUAGCCAUUUUUGGCCAAGAGGAGAGCGUCGGGGUGCCUAGUGCACAAGGCUGCACAAGGCUGCGGUUUAGACUGGUUUUUUGUUUUUUGUCGAUUUUAUCCUUGUUUAAUGGGUUUUAUUGUGGCCUAAUAUUCUGAGUUUGACAAAUUUAGAGAGAGAUUGAGAGAGUUGACAAGAGAGUGUUAUUCACUAUCUAUGUAAAAUUUCCAAAAUUGAUAGUGGAUUUUGAGCCAGUGCACUC